AGAGAGAGAGAGAGAGAGAGAGAGAGAGAGAGAGAGGCGGGAUGGUGACAGGCAAAAGGAUACGUCACAGACAGUGGAUCAGCCAAUGAGAAAUCGACAACGAAUUAGAGGAAACCAAGGGAUUGGGAAUGGGGAGGGGAAGAGUGCAGCUGAAGAGGAUCGAGAACAAGAUUAAUAUGCAAGUCACCUUCUCCAAGAGAAGGUCUGGUUUGCUGAAGAAAGCUCAUGAGAUUUCAGUUCUGUGCGAUGCUGAGGUCGCUCUUAUCGUCUUCUCCACCAAGGGCAAGCUGUUUGAAUACUCCACUGACUCUUGCAUGGAGAAGAUCCUUGAGCGUUAUGAGAGGUACUCGUACGCGGAGAGGCGGCUUGUUGCAAAUGAUAGCCAAUCAAACGGAAAUUGGACUCUUGAAUAUGCGAAGCUUAAAGCCAGAAUAGAGGUUCUUCAGAAGAACCACAGGCAUUUCAUGGGGGAAGAUCUUGAGUCCUUGAGCCUAAAAGAGCUUCAAAAUAUUGAGCAACAACUUGAUUCUGCACUCAAGCAUGUAAGAGCCAGGAAGAACCAACUCAUGCAUGAAUCCAUUUCAGAUCUUCAGAAAAAGGACAAGGCGCUUCAGGACCAAAACAACAUGUUAGCCAAGAAGAUAAGGGAGAAGGAGAAAGCACAAGCUCAAAAUCCACAAAUGGAGCAGCACCACCACCAGCAUAGCCAUGCCAUUGAACCUUCUCCACUUCUUCUUCCUCAGCCAUUCCAAUCUCUUGACAUGCCUUGUCCUUACCCAACACACGCCACCGGACACGAAGAAUCCGCCGCCAACCACGACAGGUCCGGCACCCUCCUGCCGCCCUGGAUGCUCGGCCACCACCUUGGUAACUAAAAUCAUAUACCACUACCUAAUUCUUUUGCUGUAUGAACCCUUUUGGAUAAUGGAUGUUUGUGGAAGUUGUAGCUUUUUUAGUAAGUAAUUUUCAGAAAAGGGUAUAAUGAGCUAAGAAGCAUGGCAGGCUUGUGGGUUCCAAAAUGAGACCUUUUUAUAGAAUAAGCCACACAGUGACAUAUGAUUGUAUAUAGUUGUGUAAAUGGCAGCCACUAACUAACGUCAGUACUCUAAUUUACCAAUAUCUCUCCCUCUUC